ACCUGAUGAAUAUUUAUGAGAUUUAAUGCUGACAUAAUCGGUUGUUUCAUGAUGAUUUCUCAGCGAACAUUUGUUGCUGUAAUCCUGUUGCUCACGUCAUCACAAAUCGGUCAUGGCCCGAAGUCACUUGGUACUUCAACGAGGAGCAAACGAAACCAAUUGAAUCAAAUGCUGAAUACUAUAUAUCUAAGGAUAAUAUUGGUUACUUUCUGCAAAUAUUAUAUGUGAACAAGACUGUUGAGGGCAGUUACCACUGUGAGGCAGAGAAUAGUCUAGGCAAAGCAAUGUCCCAGUAUGUUAAUGUCUCAAUAGCUUUUAUUGACACCUAUAACAAAGAAGGAAGCCUGAUUAAAACUAUGAACUAUAAAGAAUACCUGAAGUUAGAUUGCCAUCCACCAGCAUCAAAUCCAGCCCCAAUUAUUACCUGGAAAAACAAUGAGAAAGAUGUACCAAUAGAUGAAAGAGUACAAAUGGAUCCAACUGGUAAUCUUUACAUCUCGGAUCUUAUAGCGAGCGACGCAGGAUCCUAUAAUUGUUAUGUGAAGAACCAGGUUCUUGGACAGACUCUAUACAGUGAUGAGAUUUCUAUUGGAUUUGGUGAAAAUCCAACAGAAGUACCUACACGUAAACCAGUUCUUGUCUACAAACCGAAGGCCACCACAAUUGCAAUGAGAAAAACUAAUCUAAAACUGCAGUGCAUUGCUCAAGGAAAUCCAACUCCAUCUAUUAGAUGGGAAAAGGUUGGUGGCACGAUCAAAUCAACUACGACUGAUGAACCAGUUCUAGAAAUUUCUAAUUUUGAAUUGAGUGAUGUUGGAACUUACAGGUGUAUUGCACAAAACAGUGAGGGCUCUGCUAAUGCUGUGACGAACAUAGUUUUUGAAGCGGCUCCAUAUGUCGGUGUUGAGAUGGUUAACAAAGAAGUAGUACCAGGUGAGACAGCUGUGUUUACCUGUGACCCCCAAGGUGCACCGGAACCACAAUUCAAUUGGCUUGAAAAUGGAAUGAAACCUAGUCCAAUCUGUAUAAGUCCUGAUUUUGAAAAUAUAUUUUUUUCAUUUGAAAUAAAGAUUGUAGCUGACAGUAGAUAUGCGAUUAGUAAGAAUGAAACGAGUAGUGUCCUUACUAUUGGCAGUGUGUCAAUAACAGGCGAUUCUGGAACCUACACAUGCAAUGUUGACAACCAGUUUGGAAAUGAUGAAGGCACGGGUACCUUGACAGUUCUGCAGAGAACUGUCAUUACGGAAAAACCGUCGCCGCAGGAGGUACAAGCCGGCAACCCUGUAACACUGAACUGUAAAGCAAAUGCGUACAGCGGCGCACCGUUAGUAAUCACGUGGGAAGAUGAUGAAGGCACGCAAGUAGGCCAGGGCAAUAAAUUCACAAUUAAGGACAGCACCUUAGAAGAUAGCGGUCAGUAUACAUGUGUGGCUACCACUGAUUUAGAUGAAGUCAGGGCAUCCACCACCAUCACUGUCCAAGACAAGCCAGGUCCUCUUGCAAGAGUAAGUGCUGUCCUAGAUACUUUAAACGAAGACAUGGUCAGCAUUGAAUGGGAACCCGGUCCAGAGCACAACUCACCCAUUACCAGCUUCGUCAUUCAAUCUAAGACAGAAUUCGACAGCCAGUGGUCUGAUGCUGGGAACGCGGAGGAAAACCAGUUAAGCAAGAAAAUAGACGUUGACCCGGGAAACACAUACACAUUCCGUAUGGCAGCAGUAAAUAAAAUCGGCACAUCUGAUUUUGUCGUGUCGAGUAGUUCAGUAGUUACCCCUUCUGGGCCACCACGUGUAAACCCAAAAAAUGUAGCAGGCAGUGGAAAAACACCGGAUACUAUGACAAUUACAUGGGAUAAAAUGGAACGAUCCCAGCAUGGUGGAGAUGGUUUCAAGUAUUUCGUGAUGUGGCGUCGUACCGGCGAAGACAAGUGGAUGAAUGCCACAAUUGAUAACUACGAAACAACAUCAUAUGUUGUUGAAGGCACUACUACGUAUGAAUCAUUUGACAUAAAAGUAAUAGCAGUAAAUAAUGCAGGAAAGGGACCAGAGGAUGAGGCUGUGGUGAUUGGACAUGCUGGAGAGGCUAAACCUGGAGCAGCUCCCGCUGAUGUUGUUGUUACCCCGAGCCCUGACAGUAUCCGUGUUAACUGGACUGCCAUUCCUAAGGAUAAGGAAAAUGGAAAGCUACUUAAUACAAAGAUCUUUGUGAAAUCGGACUCAAAACAAGAGCCAAGUAUGUCAUGUCCGGUGGAACCUACUUCCUGCGAAUAUUCAGGCGUAAAACCAAACACAAAAUACGAGGUGUAUGUACGAUUAGAAAACAGUAAAGGCCUAGGUCCUUCAAGUAACUCGGUCUUUACAACAACUCCUGAGGGGGCUCCCAGUAAAGUUAUGAACUUCAUGCUUAACGCAUUAUCUGAUGCAAUGAAAAUGACGUGGAGAGAUCCUGAAAAAUCAAAUGGUGUUCUACAAGGCUUUACCAUCACUUAUGCUAAAAUCAAUGGACAGGUAUCAGGAGAAGUAACCGCACAAAACGUCAGUGCAAAUACUUACGAAUACAUCGCAGAGGAUUUAGACCCUGGUGAACUGUAUUCCAUCAAAAUCUGUGCCUAUACAAAUGCCGAAUCAGGAGAGGAAAUCAAACGAGAACAAAGGUUAAGGCCCGCAGGAAGCCCUGGUGCUGUGGAUUCAAAUUCAGUUGACACAGAAACAACCAAUAACGGUGCUAGUAUAGUAUGGAAGACUAGCGACGAGGGACCUGCGGCCACAAAGUUUGUGGUACGCUACAGGAAGAAGGAUGAUGAAUCUAAUAAAGAACCAGAAUAUAUGGAAGAGGAGAUAUCUGGAUUUGAAGACCCUUUAAGGGUAAACCUAAGAGACUUAGAAGAAGGUACAAAAUAUGAAGUGAUUAUAGAUGCAAUUAAUAACGAUGGCACGACAUCAAGUGAUCCAAUUAUAAUUACAACCAGUGGUACAGGUACAAGUAAGAGUGACAAAGCCUCGAUACAGCCGUGGGUAAUUGCCAUGAUUUGUAUUAUCCUGCUACUAGUCCUAAUUCUUCUGCUGCUGUGCUUCAUUAGGAGUCAGAAAGGAGGAAAAUACAAUGGUAGGUUGAAAUCUAAUUUAAUCUACUCUGGUCAUUUAUUUAGCGCCUUUCUUUACAGAUAUGAAGUGCUGGUAAACCUAAGAGACUUAGAAGAAGGUACAGAAUAUGAAGUGAUUAUAGAUGCAAUUAAUAACGAUGGCACGACAUCAAGUGAUCCAAUUAUAAUUAGAACCAGUGGUACAGGUACAACUAAGAGUGACAAAGCCUCGAUACAGCCGUGGGUAAUUGCCAUGAUUUGUAUUAUCCUGCUACUAGUCCUAAUUCUUCUGCUGCUGUGCUUCAUUAGGAGUCAGAAAGGAGGAAAAUACAAUGUAUCUGAUAAAGAAGAUGCGUUAAGACAGUUGGAUUUGGAGGCAGCUCCAUUGAAAGACCAAAAUGGAUUCAAUGAAUAUUCACCGACAGAUGAUUCGUGCGAAGAGAAAGAUCCUCUCAAAAAUUUAGAGAGUGCGGGAAAUGAUGAAAGUGAUAGCGACAGCCUAGCAGACUACGCAGAUGGCAAUGCAGAUCAAUUCAAUGAGGAUGGGUCUUUCAUCAACGAAUACGGAGACAAUCGUCGACGGAAUCCAGACAAGGAAUCUUCCAACGCAGCCUACAACACAUUUGUGUAGUUUUAGUGUAAAAAUAUGAAGUGAAAAUUAAGAAACGAAAAAUAUUGCACAUAAGAGUUGUAAUGCGGUGACAUUCCUGUCUUUCAUGGAUGAAGAGAGAAAGAAAACCAGAUUGAACGGGUUCGAUCUCACUUUUCUGUGUUUCUUUUUGAAAAAACAUUUAGUGUUUUUGUCAAAUAUUGUUUUCAUUUCCAAAGAUAAUAGUUAUUGACUGUAUUUGUGAAUUUUAAGAUUGUACAUUCUUGUAGUUAUGCUUAGAUGUGAAAUCAUUAUUAGUACCCCAGUACUAUUGCUACAAUAUUAUUUGGUUGAAGAAUUGCAAGCAGUGACGUUCCUCCGUGAAUUUUUACAGAAACUGGAUACGAAUAGGAAGAAGCAGGGCUUGUUCAUGCUCCACAGUCACAGAUCCUUCAAGAUCUAUAAUGCAGUGCUUAAAAACUGUGACAUUUUAUUGCAUUUUGUUUAUAAAUGUUAUUGAAAGCCCUGGGAAUGUUGUGAUAUCUUAUGUAAGGAUGUAUGGGGUUAACAAGAGACGUAUUGGAUUUCACCAAGGAUGAAAAUGAAGAAAGAAACUUUCUAAUCACCGGAGACUAGAAAAUGAGCGAGUGCCUAGAAUCUUGUAAUUUUGAUGGAGAUGAAGACAAUUUCAAGGGAUUGAGAGAAUGGCCGCAGGUGGACAAAGCAGACGAUUUUUCUUUGCUGAAAUAAAUUAAAUUUGUUUUGAAUCCGCAAUUGUUUCUUUAAUUUAGAUUAGUUAGUAAGUUUUUCAUAUGUGUAUUAAAUUAAAUAAAACAACACCUACUCAAAAAAGAUGUAUAAAUAAGCAAUGUAGUGUAUAGUAGUUUCAAUGUUAUACCACACAUAUCGAAAAAUAUAUGCUAAGAAUUGGCUGACAAGUAAUUUAAGAUGUUUUAUAAUGUUGUAGAAAUCAGGAGUUGUAUCCUAAACAGACAUAAUGACUUGACAUUUGACUAAUGUAAACAUUUUUGAACAAAGUGAAUUUUAGAGAUUGAUGUCGUGAAUUCAAUUGGAUGUAAAUUUUUAUAUUGUUGAUACUGAUCUUGUGGAAAUGACUGAUAAGAAAGGAGUUUUAAAGCUGUAAAUUCAUAAUUUCAACUAUUAUUUUUAUGAGAUUUUAACCUAUUAGUCAAUUUACAAUUACAUAUUUUUUUCAUUUUAAUUAGACCAAAAUAUCUUUCUUGUUUACUGCCUUGAUCAAAUUAAUACAUAGGCUUGUCUUGCACCAGCUCUCUGCUGGUUGGUGACUGGUUCUGUAGCACCCACUGGGUCCUUAUUUUUAUUGACCCUUACAGGCUUAAGAUUAUUUUAGUUAUUGUUAAAUAAAUCUCACAUAGUACAUCAGUUACUGAAGUCUCGCUUUCAAUUUUGGAUAGUAACUGUUAUUACCAACUUCUUUAUCGAUGAACAACUUCUGUUGCACAGGUGACAAUCUUCUGUUGCAAUGCUUAACAGCUUGUUUUGGUCCUACAGUGCCCUCAUAGGCCAACAGAAAAAAAAAAUAUUUGUUAUAUUUGUUGUAACCUUGAUAAUUUAUUAUAAAAAUAUAUUUAUAUUAUCUCUGAAAUAUGAUUAAAUUAUAUUUUACUUGAUUGAAAACAAUAAUUUUAUGAAAAUAUUUAUUGUUAAAAAAAACUGUUCAAAAAGUGAACCCCUGGUUAAUCUGAAUAAGUAUACAGUAUGUUCAAUGGAACAAAACGUGUUAUCUUCAAUUAAUAUAAACACCUGUCGAUCCAAUUAAAACACCUGGUAAUUUCCCCCUUGAAAGUGUGUGUAUCAAACUUAGAUUCUUUUUAGUUAUUUAAUGUGAACAUUGAAUGUUUAACAAAAAACAUAUGUGUCAUGUAACUGAACAUAAUUUUACCAUCAGGUUAAUACAUUUUCUAAAACAUUUACGUUAAUUACUUAAAUAUGUUGUUUAACGAGAUUUUGAUAUAUCAGCAAUUCUUGAUUUUAUAUUCUGUGGACCAAUGAGUAACAUGUCAUAAAUAUUUGAUGUGUACAUACAUUGCAUGAUCUGUUUAAUUAAUUGCAUAAUUGCAUUACAAGGAAAAUGUUUAAUAUUAGCUUGUCAGCAAGUGGAAUCCAAAUUAGUAAGUGCUUAUAGAACAUGCAUGAAUGGUCCAAGAAUUGUUUUUGUUUAGCUGCAGAAAACGUUACUUGUGAAUGGUUAAUGUACUUGUCCUGUUCUUCUUGCUCAUUGGUCCACAGAGUUAAGACAAUAAGUCCUUUAUGAUUUUAUACAUUUGUUUGUCUGUGUUUAUAAGCUUGAUUUAUAUUCUUCAGUUACAUCUUGAUAUUCUGUUACCAGAACAAACUUUCUUCAAAAUUCGGAAGUAUGUAAGGUAUUAGCACCGUGAAGAAUACUGUACUUUUGAUUCUAUUAAGAAAGUUUCCAUGGUGAAUUUAAAAAAUUCCAUUUAUAUGUUUUUAAAUCUGUUUGCCAUUUUUUACAUGUCUGUUGUGCUUAAAAGUAUUAAUUUUGAAAUUAUAAUUCCUUUGUGUGUAUGUAUGUUUUUUAUCACUUGGUGUGUUGUGCUUACGUUAGCUGGAAACAUGUAUAAAUAUGGUUCGUAGAAUUAUCAAAUAGAUUGUUGGUAAUACUGUAUUCUCAUUUGAAUGAGCUGACAUUGGAACUGAACAUGGAGCUAUAUAUUUUUGAAUGACAUCAACAUGGAUAUGACAAUAAUUUUUCCGAAGUUUUCUGCAGCUAAUACUUAAUUUAAAAAUAAUUGUUAAUUUGGAUCAAAUUGCAUGAUAAACCGCUUAUAUGGAUGUCAAGUACUGAUAAGCUAUCAUAAUUAAUAUUAACUUCAAAAUUUCUAAAUCUGUGUUGGUGUUAUUGAAAAUUAUUUUUCCAUAUCCUCUUGUUAUGUGUGAUUGUAUGCCAUAUUCCAAGUAAAUAUUGGUGUGGUAAUUACAAAACAGAAAUGUAAAAAUCUUAAUACAACAAUUUUUUUCAAUUUAUUUCAUUGUAUUCUAGAUGAUAGAAUUAUUUUUGAGAAGUCAGGAUUGUACCAAGAGUUUUGAACUGUAGAAUGUCCAAUGAUUCACACCCAUCCACACCCACACAUAUUGUUUAAUAUUUUAAAUAUGUAAAUUUCCAUAAAUAUAUGUUUAACUUAGGUGACAAACCAUAUAUGUAUUUCUUAGUGUUGGUAAAAUAUAAUAAAUCUGAAAUGAUAUUUGAAUAUUUUUGUCUCUUUAUUGUACAAGGGCAAUACGUAUCACUGCCCAUACUGAAAGACAACCAAAUGAUGUAAAUAAUAACAUUAAGUUAAAAUUAUCUUUUGGCUGGCAUAGCAGAUAGCUGGUAUACCAUGUGACUGACAUCCAAGAUGGCUGUUUGCUAGAAUUAUGGCUGACCAGUUGGCUGGUUUACCAGGUGGCUGGUUUACCAGGUGGCUGGAAUAACACGUGGCUGGAAUACCAAGUGGCUGGAAUGCCAGGUAGCUUUACUCACAAAAUAUCUGGCCUACAAUUGGCUAGGGUACAGUUGCAAAUGGCUGACAUACCAGAUGACUGGACAUACUAGGUUCUGGCAUGCCAAUGACUAACCUAGCAGACAUCAACAAAUAUUUUACAUGGUUUAGUUCCAACCACAGGCGGCAGCACUGGGUGGGCUUUGGCCUACUCAACAAUUUUAAUGGGUGGACCAUCCCUCCUGUAGGCCCCACCAAUAAUUUGCCAAAAUAGGUUGAAUAUAGAUUUUGACAAAACAAGAGGCUGAUAUAAUCAUCAGUUGGCUGUUGUUUAUUGUUGUUGGAAGGUAUUAUAGGAGAUUACAUUGUCACCAAUUUAGUCUCCCUGAACAAAAAAAAACAAAAAAAACAAAAAUUUGAAGGCCUUUGCCCCAGGACCCCAACCAAAGGUCCUUGAUGACCCCAGCUUUGGUUUCUCAAUUCCUUGCAAAGUGCUUACAGGACCGACAACGAUCAAACUGUGCUGCUGCCUAUGGUUCCAACUAAUUUGUUGAUAAUAUUCAUAAGUUUCCGAGCGCUGUCACCACCAAGUGGUUCAUCUUGAUUCCCCAAGGUCCGUUUGCCUGUGGUCAACAUGAAAUUCAAAAUAUAUUUUUCAAGGUGGCACGUAAAUUAGUGAAUGACUCUCAUUUGGCACAUGUGUGUUGUCUAACAAACUACUUAGAAGGUGAUAAUAAUCAUUGAUAAAUGUGUGGUAUUGGAUGUCAUGUGGUAUAUUUACAUAUAACAGUAAUCAAAUUAUGUAAGAAUGGUAACGAGUCAUCAAUAAAACUACUGUACACAUCUUUGUACAGAGUUGUUUUAAAUCAUUGAUAAUUGUCACGAUUAGAUCUAUGUGAAUAUAACAUUUAUAUACUGUGCCAGGUGACUAUCUCAACAAUAACAAUGUGUUUAAAUGGUGUGCACCUCAAUUGUCAUGUCAUACGGUUGUGUCAUUACUAUGGCAACAACCACCUAUUCAAGUCUGAUUGGUUGAUAUGUGAAUUUUUCAAAAUAUUAAUUUUAAUUAAACCAUAUUAUGUAAUUAUUAAUAGUGCUUUAAAGUUUAUUCUUAUAAAUGGUCAAGAGUGAUAAAGAGUGAGAUCCUAGUAUAUAUCUUGGAGAUAAAGAUGAAGCAAGAAUGCUGAUCCCCAGUGUAGGAUGCCAAAGAUAAAUUAUUUUAGGCUGUUAGCAUACUUAGCAUCUUCUUUAAUUGCCAUUCCUUAUUUUGGUUCAUGCAUCAGAUUCACAUUUUUAUCCCAGUUGAUGUACAUUAUGAUGUAGCGUUCAUUAUUACCUGUGUAGAUCAAGUUAAAAUAUUUAAUUUCCCAGUUUUAAAUGCAAACAGGAAAUACAAAAUUUGUUUUUUAACGUUGUUUAAAGCUAGAUGCUGCUUGAUCUUAUGAAAUUAAAACUGGUAGAUUAUAAAUAUA